AUGAGCGGUAGAGAGCUAUUUGAGCUGGCCCUCGAGAUGUUGGAUGCGGGCGAAGGUAGCCUGACAAUAUCUGAGUUUCUCCUGGCGCUUUCGGAGGUCAAUUUCAAGACUCAAGAGGGAGUUGACGACGAGUUUCUUGAUAAUUUGGAGCGUGUGGAUGUGGCCUCGCUUCCUGAACUGGCAGAAUGCCCAAUUUGCACCAACAAGUUCUCAGAAAAUGAGUACCCGUUAUUGGUAAAGCUUCCAUGUCGUGUGCAAAAUGGUUCCAAGAAGGAGCACAUCUACGACAUGGAUUGCAUAGCGCCAUGGUUGAAAUUGCACUCCACGUGUCCUAUGUGCCGCUUCAAUGUGAAAGAUGUCGCUCUGACCAGGAAAAAGAGAUUGGACGAAGAGACAAGACUUGCACGGGAAGCACUCGGCGACGAGGAUGACGCUGACGAGGAGGAGGAGGGAUGGGACUUGUAUGGCUAG